UGCACACCUGGAUUCAGUAGUGCCGGCCAAGGAACACUGUCACACCAUGAGGUUUGGAGGUGUUAAAACCACAGGGAAACCAGAGGUGUCUCGUCACCAGAGGUACAAACUUAAACACCGCUCAAGACAUCUGGAGCAUGACUGCUACAAGGUCUCAUGGAGUGGUGUGCAGGUACAAUUGAGACUCAUUUCCCAUGUCAAGAGAAAGCUAUCGCACACUGGCAAUAUCCAGUGUAACUUGCUCAGAGAUUUCUGAAAGAAUACAUACAGUUUUGUUGUUGUGGUUAUUUAUUUGGUUGGUUGGUUUUUGUUCUGAGUUGAAAGGUGAAAGAUAGCGUUCAUGUUCUGAGACUGAGGUAGAUAGAUUAAACAGAAGGUAAGAUGAGAUAUACAGAAAAGUCCAGAAAAGCCAAACGGAUAGAAUAUUCUCUCAAAUAUUCCCUAACCUGAUCUCUACAAAAUACGUGUUGUCUGCCUUCUUACAACUUGAGAGGGACUUAAAGCUAGAGAGACAGCUAUUAAAUCGUUACUGAGAAAAAUUAUAGCAUUCACCAACAUAAACCGGCAGGCUGGGUCAAAGGGAUCCUUUGAGGGAACAAUAUUUAAAAUGGGAUAUGAAUGAUUAAGAGUUAUUACAAGACAGAUGGGGGGAUUGCUGAUAUGUGCAAAGGCCCUGAGGAAGAAGGGAUACCACACAACAGCACCAAGGGGGUUAUCACACAGCAUGGCAAAGUAAGACAAGGAAACCUCUCAGUGCUCAGAUUUUAGCUUUAUUAUUACUCUUCCUCAAACAAGAGAUGACAAUUCUUGAUUAUUCUAGUUACUGGGCAGCCAGGGUGUCUAUUUAGAGUUGUCAAUACUUAUAAAAAUUUGAAUGUAUUUACCUGGAAUCCCGAGGGACUUGGAAACAACUAAAUAAUUUAUAUCCACAUAGGGGUUCCUUUAAUUCCAGGCUGAAAAGUUACUCUGGAAUCCUUGACAUUAGGGAACAGACCAUAAUUUCACCAGUGUAUGUUCCUCUUGUAUCAUUUGAUCUACAAGGAUACCUUUUAGUAGGAACUCAUACCAUCUCCAUUUCUAUUUGGUCUUAAAACAUGACUAGGAAACAGAGGCCUCAGUAGAGGACCAACCAACUGGAGAAGUAUUACCACACAUAUGGAAAUUCCCUAGAAUUUAGAGACUAUUUUUUCCUGAAAAGUUAACUUUUUUUCAUUUAAAAUCAAAUGUACUACAAUAAAAAGAAGCCAUUCUAAAAAUGUUUGAUUUAUGUGUUUAGAUAGCUUUACAUAUGAAGCUAAAAAUAGAAUCAUUCAUAUUCUAUGGCUGUUUGACAAACACUGCAGACUCAUGCCCUAAAUAGUACAGACUUAUUCUCUUACAGUUUGGGGGAUGGGGAGAUGGAUAUCUGAAAACAAAACUCAGUAGCUCCACAAUAGGAUCCAUUCCAUCGCUUUCCCAUCCUUUAGAGGCAGCCCACAUGUCUUGGCUUACAUCCUCAUCCAUCUUUAAAGGCAACAAUGUAUCAAACUCGACUUCCCUCUGCCUCUGACAGCCCUGCUACCUUCUUGUAGAAGAAGCUCAUGAUCUCCCACAGCCCAUCCAGCCAGUUCAGAAUCAGCACCUGGUGCCAGAUCCUGAUGUGAUGACAACUGUGAAGUCAUUUUGGAAAGGAAGACAUUAAGUUCUGGGCAUUAGAACAUUCAUCUGAGGAGGGAAAAGAGAGAGAGAGAGAGAGAGAGAGAGAGAGAGAGAGAGAGAGAGAGAGAGAGAGAGAGAGAGAGAGAGACUCUAAAGUUUAAACCAAAACUGGUGUAACACAAUUUUGUGUUACAUGUAAGCUCCCAAAGGAUAAAAAGCCCAACACGUUACCAGUGACCAAAUGACUGCAUGGUAUGCUAAUGGAAAGGUAAAAUGUUGCAGACCAAAGCUAAAUUAUCUAGUUCUAAUUUGUUCCCUUUGAAAACCAUUCAUUGCCUACUCCACCCUGUGUUUGCUCUAACAUUCUUCUAUUAAAUCCUUAAAAUGUAUUUGUAGCAAACCGCUAGUCUCCACCUGUUGAAAAGCUAAGAAUGCCACCAGAAAGCAUCCAAGGCCUCUAACAGAGGCUUCCCAACUUUGCUGUAACCCACAUGUCCGAUGUUUCCACUAACUUAUUUUAAAGGUGUUUUCACUUACAACCGUCUUUGUUCUGUCACUAUACAUUUGCAUGAAACUGUUGCCACCUUGGAACCCAAAUUUUGGGGAAACCGGAUCUGUGUUCCUGAACCACCGACACUCAUAUUUGGCUUCAGAACAAGACUUUUAUUCCCUUUGACAUGAGAGUUCUAUUUGAAGGUUGCAAAUUUUUUGAAAAAGCAAAAGCAUUUAUUUAGGAGAGAAACACGUCAAAUUAUUUUUUAGUUCAAACGGAAGAAUUACAGUCACAUCUCCAAAGCUGACUGGGCCUCAGACUCCUUUUUUCACGAAGAAGGAAAGGCGUGCCGACCACAGAGCUGUGAACACGGAGAUGGCACUUAAGAAUUGCAAACACAGUCAAGUUAUCCUUAUGCAUGAAAGCAAAAAUGGAGAUAUUUUCAAAUAUGUAAAUGUCAGAACACAUAUGCUAUAGAGCGAAUGUUUGUGUCCCCCCCGGAUUCAUAUGUUAAAUCCUAACAUCCAAUGUGAUGAUAUUUGCGAAGCAGGUUCACUGCGUGCGCACUGGUUCCCAGCUUAUCUAAGUCUGGUGAGGCAGAACACCCACACACAUAACACGUUACACGAAGCAGAUUUAUUACUUACGCACAGCCAGUAAGGGACAACAGAAGCCUAGGAUUCCUUGAGAGCAGCUUUCCCAGCUCAGCAAAGCUGGCUGGGCUAGAGGAAGAAGGAUUGCAAGGCGCAUGCUUCACUUGCCCACCAGCUGAGGGGUCUCCCCAAAGCAGCUUACCAGGCUUUCAGAGUAUGCUGGUGAGAGCCCCUCACCUGUUAGGGGGAGGGGAAACAGGAAUGAUGCUUGGGCUGUACUGGUACUCUCUGAAUCUUAAUAAACAUUCCUAGCACUUAGUAAGGUCUCCUUCUUUCUUCCUUCUCUCCGGUCCUCACCUCUCCCCACUUAAAUCUCCUUUUCUGUCUCAUGCUCCGGAUUGAAUCCAGGGUCCGGCACAAACCGACCAGGCAAUUAACUACUGAGAUAUCACCGGCAGUGGACUAUUAGUCUUGAGAACUACGAGGAAGAAACUGGAGGUUGGUCUAUGGCUGGCCACUAAGAGAACUGCUUUACAGUUUUUGAAAGUGGGAACUUCGAGAGGUGAUCAGGACACUAGAGCUUAUAAGUGGGUCUUUUACAAAUGGGUCAGUUCCUUUUUAAAUGAUCCUAAGGACCUUGUCUGUCAUAAGAUAGAUAGAGAUGGGAUAAGCCAGAUGGAUGAUGGACGCUGGAUGCUGGAUGGGGCAUAGGUCACCAUGAGUCAGGUUGGAGAUAGAGUCACUGAGGACUGAACUGGGUACCAUGACUAAAGCAGGGCUGCUGUAAUCUCAGCUGCUCUUCUAUCCACCUUUCUGUUCCUCAAUUAGCAUUUGCCACCGCCAAGCAGGAAGGAGCCAAGAAGCUUAGGCACAUGUAGAAUCCUCUGUCCAGAGAAAGCCAUAUGCACCCAAGGCCCCGAAGCAGCUCUUUACAAACUAGAGAAAGGCUUUCCAGUGCCAAGCACUCAUCUGAGCUGCACAUGAAUUUGGGAAAUUACAACUGGCACAUACUAGUGAUAAGGAACUGCUAAUGAAAUCAAAUAUGUGCAUCAGAUGUCGUUUCAAAAUACACCUGAAAUUUGUCUUGCUUUGUCUUCCCAACUCGAUCCUCCCCCACCCCCAACCUCCACCCUCUACCUCUGAGAUUCACUCUGAGUGACUUGUGAGGCUGGUAUUCAUGCCCUUGGUUUGUUUGUUUGUUUGUUUGUUUGUUUGUUUGUUUUAAUCUCCUAAAGCUAAUCACUCCUAUCUCAACUCCAUUUUUUCUUUCUUUUUUGUUUUAUUUUAUGUAUAUAGAUAUUCACCUGCGUGUAUGCCUUUGCACCUCAUGUAUUAUAGUGCCCAAGGCAAGCAGGAAAGAGUAUCAGAUCUCCUGGGACUGGGUAUAGUGGGUUAUAAGCUGCCAUUGGUUGGUAGGAAUCAAACUCAGGUCCUGUAGAAGGUGAGUCAAUGUUCUUAACUACUGAGCUACUGCUCAGACUCCUCUUGGUUCAGACACACUGCACUGUCCUGCAGCUCCUCCCUGGCACGCUUUACUUAGCUCUUUUUUCUGAGCACAGAGUUCUCACACAUCUUUUCUGCAAGUGGAGAAAGAGGACUGAGAGUUUAAGGACAACUUACCAGGCCUGAGACAGAAGGUUGUGCUCAUCAGAGCUCACAACCUCAGUGGCCAUUUUAGUACUAAAACAACAAGCAGAACCUAAUAUUUUCAGCGAGAUGGGAGAGGCAGUAUACUCCUGGCUUGGUGAGGUAUUAUGAUUAAUUUAAUAUGGCCACUGGAAAAGAUGGUGGCAAAGAAUACAGCAGAGCAAAAUCACACAAAUUUUAACAGCGACAGCGCUGUUGUUGAUCAAAGCCAAGCUAGUUACUUUUGCCUUCAAAUAUUACUAGAAAUUCCCUUGGUCAAUAAUGAAACUUAGGGCUGGACAUGCAGGUUAGCUGGUAGGCUACUUGCCUAGCAUGCAUAAAACCCUGGGUUCUUCCCCAACACUGUAUAAACUGGGCCUGAUGAUAUAUACCCACAAGCUCAGAAUUUGAGAGGCAGAAAUGGAAAGAUUAGGAGUUCAAAGACAGCCAUGAGUACAUGAGUGUGAGGUCUGCCCAGCAUACAUGAGUUGUAUAUUUUUUGUUGUUGUUGUUGUUUUUUGUGUUUUGUUUUUUAAGUUGAACCUCAAAUCUAUUUUAAAGGAUUUAAAGCCAAAUGGUCCCUUCUAUGAUAUGAUAUAGAAAGGAUAAUCAGAGCUUGCCAGGGUUCCAUUCCAGGGAAAAUGUGAGGAGACUCAAUGAAGGUAGAGACAAGUGGUGGAGGCAGGCCAAACAGGAAGAAGACACUGUAGGUAUAAGAGAAUACGAGACACAAGUUAUGUUGAUAUCUUCAUGCCUACAGAUCUGUCUGGCAUUUUCUCUUUUAUUUACUUUUUAAUAGGAAGGUAGAAUGGCUACACAGUUUCUACUGAGCUCUUCAGGCUUGUCAAAGAAAGCACAAAACUAACACCCCACCCCAUCCGAAAAAACAAAACAAAACAACAACAACACUAGAUUUUAAAGGAAUUAUUGGGUGACUAAAUUAUACUUCAGUUAUAGUUCUCACCUGUCGUGAUAUCUAUAGGUAUUUUCUGGAGAGAUGAAAGUUGCUAAGUAUUUUCAUAAAAGUGCCAAGAAUGUAAAAAUCCCGAGAGCUGGUCUAUCAGAUCACUCUGCAAUAGAAACUGCUCUCCUUUUUUUAUAUCCCAACACAUGGUGUUGAACUGGAAAAUGAUAUGGCUUCUUGUCACCCCUAAGUGUCUCUUCUUUCUGGGAGCCUCAGAUCACGAAACACACCCAGUUAGUAGCAAGAGAGGCUUUCCCUUGCUCUGGGAUCCUACAAACAGCUGCCCAGUCCAAAUGCAGUCAGUGUUCAGACCUUGUCCAUCUAGAUUAAAGGCUGAGGUUUGGGAUUCUUUGAACUCUACUUAAUAAUAACAUAGCCACGGUCUUCCUUACUAGGGAACACUUGACAUGAAAACCCUGCGUGCAACAUUUCUUCUCUACCAGAUAGACAAAGAGGGCAUUGCCUGUCACAGUUCCUAAAGCAGCUGUUUAAGAACAUCUGAUUGCCUGUCCUGGGAUCAAACAAAUGCAAGUACGCUUGUGUUCAGAGUGACACUUUCUUUCUGCUCUGCCAUACCAUCAGUCCUGUUUUCCUCUCUUUGGUCCCUUUGCUAUGGUCUGAUUGUUAAUCUUCUACAAAUCUUGUUUAUGGAGUCAGUAUUGUUUUUCUGGUGUAAAACACUUGGAAAAAAUUAUGUCAAUAUUUCCAUCUGUACUGGGGUCAAAAUUAAUAUACAUUGACUCAUAUGUACAAAAAAGUAGUUUUAAUUUAUUUAGUUAAUAAAGUCAAAGAAAAUAGUAAGUUAUAUUAUUUUCCAUUACUCUAAAAACUCUAAUUCCAUAAAUGACUAACAAAGUCACCAACCCUUUCUACAGUUUGCCUCAAUGACACUAUAAAGAUAUAAGCCAAAUAAAAGCAUACUUUGAUAACUAUGAGAGAACAUUCUUCUGUUGCUUAAGAGACUACACUGAUUGUAUACACAUAAAGGCAGUCCAUCAAUCAUAACUGCUUUUUUCCCCUAUAGGAACAUUUCCUGUCAGCCAUUCUUGAUGCUUUUCUCUAGACUGACUUAAUUUAAACACCUGUGGAAAUAUACAUAUGAUUAUGGGUGAGGUGCAAAGAUAUUUGCUCUUUGUCUCAUGCCCUGAAUUCUCAGUAGACUCCAAUGGGGCUUUCUUCAUGCUGUGAGUCACUGACUAUCUCAGAUUAUCAUCUUCAGUUCUCUAGUGUGAUAGAAUGCAAAAGUUCAAACAUCAAAACAGAAAAAUUAAUAGACUAAGAAACCUUAAAUCUGCACUCCAUGAUGUAGCUAUUUAAUUUAUCAUUGUUUUUCUUAAAACAAUUUAAAAUCAAAAUUAUAUAGUUAUGGUUUUGCUAAAAAACACUAAAAGAUGUACAUUCAUAUUCCUUCAAUAGUCAACAAAGAUUUACUUUUGACAUCAGCCUAUAAUAAAAAUGAAGUUAUAAGAUGGCCAUGUUCUUAAUUACAGUCAGUGCAUUCUAUAAAGGAAACAUAGCCACACUCAUUCUUCCAAAAUGGUCAUUUGCCAAUAUGAAAUGCUUCAUUCAUGACCUCCACAUAUUAUGGGAACCUGUCAAUUUCCCAAGCUCGUAUAUAUGAAGAGUUAUUGUAGCUCUAGAGUCAUAGCAG